GUAUUCAAAAUGCAACUGGUGAAAUGCUUCGUUGUCGUCAGUUUGAAAUAUUUGCAAACUUUUCUAAAGGACAAGAAGAUUGUCUAUUUUUAAACAUUUUCACUCCGCAAAACAGAAGCUUCAACAAUCUUUUACCAGUAUUUAUAUACAUUCACGGUGGAGCCUUCAUGUUCGGUGCGGGAUCAUCAUAUUCGCCGAAAACCAUAAUGAAUGCAGGGAAUAUGUUAGUGGUUACAAUUAACUAUCGACUCGGACCACUAGGAUUCCUUUCAACUGAAGAUGGAAUAAUUCCAGGCAACUUGGGAUUAAAAGACCAACAAUUGGCCCUAAAAUGGAUCAAACAGAAUAUUUAUCUUUUUGGCGGAGACCCUGAAAAGAUUCUUUUGACUGGACAAUCAGCUGGAGGUGCAUCGGUGCAUUUGCAUGUUUUGAAAAAAGAAACUGAAAACCUGGUAUCAGCUGCUGUAGCAAUAAGUGGAAGUGCCUUAAAUCCUUGGGUUAUGCAGAUGAAUGCCAAAGAAAAAACUAAAACCUUAGCAAAGAUGUUGAAUUGUAAAUGUCAAGGGAAGAAGUUGAAAUCUUGUUUACAGGAACAACCCAUCGAAAAUAUAAACUCUGCGGUGGGAACGAUGUUCAAGUUUUUAGACAAUCCAUUCAAUUUGUUUGGGCCAGUUGUUGAAAAGGAAAACACGCCUGGUGCAUUUAUGACUGCAGAUCCUCAAAACCUGAUCGAAAGGGGUGAAAUUGCCAACAUUCCGUUUAUGCUUACGUUCACUACUGAAGAAGGAGCGUACAAUGCUGCAAGUUUAUUAAGAAAGAACGAAAAAGGAUUGGAUUAUAUUGAGGAACUUAACGAACGUUGGUUUGAAUUGGCGCCAUAUCUUCUAUUUUACUACGAUAAACCUUGCAAAAAAUGCAAGCAAAUGUUGUCCAAAAGCCUCAAGGAGAUGUAUAUGGGUAAAGAAAUAUUCUCUCGCAAAAGUUAUUUAAAACUACAAAAAAUGUUCAGUGAUUUGAUUUUUAUAAAUGGCAUCUUGGAAACCAUAAUACUUCAUAGAAUGUUUGGACCACGUCCAGUUUAUAGUUAUAUCUAUGCAAAUCCCCAUAAUUAUGGUGUAGGCAACUUUUUAGCUAAUGAUUUAGAAUUUGAGUUUGGAGCAACUCAUGGCGAUGAUGAGGUACUUUUUCUUCCAUUUGCUUUUAGCACAAAUUAUACCAGCAAAGUAAAUGAUAUGAAAAUUUCAAAAUAUUUUCUUAAGAUGUUUGAAACGUUUGUUUCAGAAGGCAUUCCUGUCUUCAAAGAUACCUCAUUACCUGCCAAUGGAAAUAAUUUGGAACCAAUACAGUUCUUGCAAAUAUUUGAGAAGAUUUAUUUUAUAGGACCAUGGUCGACGAGUAACACAAAUCUGCAGGAGUGCCAGCAGAGAAAAAAUUGUUUUUCAUAUUAA